AUGGAGUCCUUCCUAAGAAACCUCACCAAACAAGUUACUUGCUCAAUUUGUCUCGAGACCUUCGAAGAACCGAAAAUUAUAUCGUGUUUUCACACGUUUUGCUGUGAGUGUUUGGAAAAACACGCAAGAGUGAGCCAAAGACAUGGAAAAUUCCGAUGCCCCGAGUGUCAGGCAGAAAUCCACUUACCAGAAGGAAAUCGCUUCGAAGCGUUGCCAACCAGCUUUUUUCACAACAGUUUGUUGAUUAUCCAUGCCGUUCGACAAAGUGGCGAUGGAACAAACAUCCCUUGUGGCAACUGUAAGAGGACUGGCUCCAAUGUCCAUUACUGCUUUGAUUGUGCUCGAUUCAUGUGUUCCGAAUGUCUGUACGCACAUGAAAUUAUGCGCGAUGCAUUCGAGGGACACAAAGCGAUGCCUGUUAAAGACUUCCAAGAUCAAGAUUACGAAGCUUUGUUAAAGCGACAGCCCUUUUGCACCAAGAAGUACCACGAGCGAGAAAUCACGAGAUUUUACUGCCUUCGGUGUCAAUGUUGUCUCUGCCAUCUUUGCAUCGUCACGGCUCAUAAAAGCCAUGAGGUUAUUUUGCUUGAUGAAGCAGCGGACAACGAGAAAGGGGAUAUCAUGGCGGAAGCUGUUAUGAGCCGAACAAGGGAAAACGAUUUAAAAGAAACGAUUCGACAGUUUAAUCACACAGCUUUUGAGCUGCGAGACAAUGCCCAACUCGCCAAACGCGAAGUUUCGCGCGCAGCCGAGCAGAAGAUUGCAGAGAUUCGAAAGCGCGAGCGACGAGCCAUUGAAUCAAUCGAGACAACGUACGUGACGAGACUCCAAAGAAUCCAUUCGGCUCGACAGGCAGUAGAAUCUCUCAUGAAACAAAACAAUAACGUCGCCGACUUUGCAGAAAACUUGAUACAGAAAAGCUCGAGCUGGGACGUCAUGCAAAACAAGCCAAAUUUGGAACAGAGAUUUGAAGAACUUCGAGAAAUCCAAGCUGCACAACACCAUCAAACCUCGUUCAUCAAGUUUUACCCCACUCCUGUUAUGGGCUUCGACUUGGGCGACAUCGGCACCGAAGACAUAGCAGACGCAAGUUGGUCCACUCUAGAGGGACUGGAUCAAACUUUUCAGGCUGGUUUAGAAGCAAAGUUCAUUUUGUCCCCCAAUACACCUGAUGGAGAAAUAAGUAACCAGCCUGAUCUCAUACUGCAAAUUGAAGUUCUCAUACAACCAGACAAAGAUGUCAUACAAGUCUCUGUUUGCAACACAGAAAGCGGUAGAUUCGAAGUGAAAUUUAUACCCAAAGUACCCGGUGCUUACAGCAUUGAAGUGAAGAUUAAUGGAGAUACACUCGCCAACUCUCCGUUCACUGUGGCGGUGAAGGAGCGUGAACUUAUUGUGGUCGGUGAGUUGGAUCUGAAUUUAUUAAAAGGAGAAGGGGUCAACGAUCUAUUUGGAAUCGCGGUAAAUACGAUAGGGAAUAUUGCCGUAACUGAUUGUGGUACAAACUCCGUUUACAUAUUCGAUAAAAAUGGUAAAUGUCUGAGAAACAUUGGAGUUAAAGGGCAAUUUAGAAACCCAUUUGGCGUGACAUAUUUGAACGAUGACGAAAUUUUGAUUACAGACACAGGUAACGGCAUAAUAAAACAAAUUAAUAUCCAAACGGGAACUGUUGUGAACACUUUAGGAAGAGCAGUAGGAAAAGGAGAGUUUCAUUUCCCUUCUGAUGUUUGUUUGGAUGAAGAACGUCGCAUUGUUGUAACCGAGUUUUGGAAGAGUAGGAUACAGGUGAUGUCACCUGAAGGAGAGACCAUUUCCAUCUUUGGAAACAUCGACCCAGAAAAAUUAAACAACUCAAAGAGCUGCUUCCCUUACAAAGACAAGUUUUUCAUAUCCGAUAGCGGAAAUCAUUGCAUUAAGGCUUUCGACAAGUCGGGAACAUUCUUACACAGAUUUGGCAAACGGGGCAAUCAAGAUGGACAAUUUGACAGCCCGUAUGGUUUGCUUAUAAACAGAUCCCAUUGCCUUUUGGUGUGUGAUCAGCUCAAUCAUCGAGUUCAGCAGUUUUCUCUGGACGGUCGCUUCACUGGAAAAAGUAUCACUCAUUUACCUAGUCCUCGUGGAAUAGCAGCAACAUCAGAUGGACGUAUUCUCGUGACUACCCCUAAAAAGAUUUUCAUAUUAAAGUAG